AUGGCCGCGUCCAAAGAUAUUCUUUUCUGGACUCCCAGCGGACAAUUACUUCGAAAUAAACGCACUAUUCCCGUCACAAACAUCGCUGAGCUAGUUGAGUAUGUGUUACUCCCUCAUAACAAUAAGGUUACCAUGCCUCGUGCGCUGAAUACGUUUCUAGAUGGACUUGCAGAGUUAGGAAUCGAUAAAGGUUUAAUCAAGAACAAAAAGUUGUUAAGUGAUUUAAUAGAAAAGGAAAAAGGCUACCAAAAUGUAGAAAACACUUCCGAUAACGAGAGUAAUAUAUAGAUUUAGCCAGGGCUAAAAGCGAAGCUCCUGCUAACUCGAAUUUAUAAUUUGAAUCAAACAAUUGUAAAUUUGUAUUCCACAAAUCAGUUAACUUUAGAGCACAUUCAUGUGACUUUUGACGGAAAGGCUAAGUAAUUUUAGAGAAAAAAAAAUUUGCAAACAGUCCAAGCUAAGAGUGAAAUUAAUCUUGCAUCGACUUGAUAACCUUAUACGUACACCUAAAAAAUAGCAUAGCCAUAAUGGUUCUUGAUCACAGUACAUUAGGAAAACAAAUCAGGCCGAAUUUUUUGCGUUCGACAAGUUUACUUUACAAAAUCUUGCCAACAAGUCUGGGGACGUAUAAACCAACCUUUUAUACCUUUUAUACAUCACAUCUGAAGUGAAAUAGUACCAUGAGGCGCUGUUUUUCUCAUACAGACCUCGGACCUCGCGGCAUUUUGACUACUCCUGCAAGCUAUGUUCAUGAGCGACUGAAAACAAACGGCACAACAGCGAUCAAAAUUGCAAAAGAGACUACUAACAAUCAAUAAUGUUUUAAGCCGGCUUCCCGGUGUUUGCGUUUUUCAAAGAUGAACUCGAGGCAAGAAAAUCGCUCAAAGCUUUCUUUUACAGCCAGAAUUAUAACUAAAUAUUCUUUGGAACGUUUUCUUUCUAUUUGCGGUGAGAAAAUGUCUGAAGGCUUUUUAAAGUUCUAUAAGCUUAUAAUCAAACCUGAUACCCGGUCAGAUCAUUGUCUCAAAUCUUACAAACGUGCAUAAACUAAAUAGCCCCAUAAACUACACUCGACUUCAUUGAAUUAGAUAUAAAAAACAAACAUCAAAUAAAAUAAUUACUCAGACUUACCAUUCGAGAUGCACUGAAAACUAUCAAGUAAGGCCAAAAGCGCCUCAGACUUUUCAACCCUCUUACGCAUCAAGCAAGGUGAAAAACGAAAACGAUGCCAUCCGAAAUCUGAUUUCCCACUUUGACAAGCGACGUAUUUCUGAACCAACAAGACGCCUGAAGUCGUUUCUGUGGGAUGCGUUGGUCUAUGGAAGCAUAAUGGCGUUCUAUCUAGGUUAAUGGAACAAAACAAAACAAAACUUCCGCUUGCUUUAUUCAGGGUCGAACCGAGGGUUACAAAGUUCGAUAAAGUUCCAAUGUUUUAAUCCAAGAUGAACGUUUAAUAUUCCAAGAUGCUCUUGAUACGGUUAAAAAUUAAUUGCAAUGUGUUUCCAAGGUCUUAAAGUUAACAUAGAUCCAAUGAUUAUCCCUGAUUCCAAGGUAUAAUAAGUUUACUCAUGUCCUGAUACGUGUCCCAUCCAGAAGUCCAAUCCAUGCCGAAAGCGAGUCGUCGAUCGACGAGGACAAUAUUUUCGCGAUUUCAACGCCAAUCGUCAAGGGUACGAGUUGAAAUUUACGCGAUUUAACCUCCCAUUGUCAAGGUGUUUUCGAUAAGAAAAGAAAAAAACUGAACUCUAGCUGUUCUCGGCAACAACUGGCGAACUCCGAAUAGAAAAAUCUAUCGGAAAUCACCGCCCGCAACCAGACGCUACUAAAACCUUAUGAAAAAGCUGGGCCAAAACAAAAAAGAAUCAUGAAGGAAAGAAACAAUUUGGCUUAGGUCGCCUUUCGUGACUUGCCAGUAUCCCGAAGGAUUUCGCCGGUUAACAAGCCAUCCUAAACCACGAGUGGGAAAACUCAAGCGCGACAAGAUUUGGCAAGGAACGUUCUGAUUUCAACGUUCUUCAGAGGAAGCAAAUCGAUUAAAAAUCGAUACAGAUUUUGUACAAUCUGAUUGGUCAGCUUGGAAGAAGAGAUAAUCGAUAAAGAUUUUACGCAAUCCGAUUGGCUGGCUUUGCAAUUUUGGGUACACCCGAAGCGGAUUUUUACCGUGGGAGUGCCACAGGCAUCCCACGGAAAAACCCGAUAAACAAACUAGCCAUGAAUAACAGAAGACCCUUGAUGGCAGCUGAAUUUCAUUUUGUGCAAUGUUCAGUGGAAAAAGACAGUUAAAAACAUCACAAGUUGACACAAAACUCUGUCAGCUUCAGCUGUCAAAGUGAACAAGAUUCAAGAUGCUGCAUUAAUUUUCCGCAUGAACUCACCUGUCAAAUUUUGACCAAUCAGACCAUAAAAAUUGGACGUAGAGCGUGACCAACGCGUAACCUUGGCGAGAAAAGUCAAAAGCAACUGGCAUGUCUUCCCUGCCUGUAAAAACUGGCUGAAUCUUAGCUUCCGAGGUCAGUUUGAAAUGAAAAUUUUAAUUGUGCGGCACAUAUAAAACACAACAUAUUUCAUAUGAAUUGAAAAAAUUAAACUUGAGCCUGCAAUCAUUUGAAAACUAAUGGUGUAACUUGUCAGCGGAUAACUUCAAAAAAUACUCGACCUCGAUGGGUUGACACCUGAUCCCGCGAUACGGUCAGGUGAUACUGGUAAGCGGGACCCUGUUUUGACAGCUUUAAAUUGAUCACAACGUUGAUGUGCAAUAUGUGUGCAAUAUCAGUCUUCCAGUGCUCCCAAACUAGCUAAAAAGUGAGGAGGAGAUAUGAGGAGAGUUCAUCGGGCAUUGAAAAUCAGGAGGAGGAGGAGGAAGUGGCUUCUGAGAAUGGCGUUGAAGCUGAAGGCACCCAAGAGAGCGACAACGACAGUGAAAACGACAGUCACCAAACAGAAAGUAGUAGCCCCGAAUGUCCACCGCCUUUCUCUCUAAAUGUCCUUGUGAACAUUGUGAGAACUCUAAUGUGUAGUGGACAUUGAUCAUGAAAUGUGCUAAAUGCUUUUGGCGCGAUUAG